AUGGUUGGCGAGAGGACCGUCUCUGGUGGUUGGAAACCUGAUAGUUCGGCACCUGUGUGUGACAGCUGCGAUGUCACGUUCACUGUUUACAGGAGACGCCACCACUGCCGUUGUUGCGGCGGCGUGUUUUGCAACUCAUGCUCGAAUACGUAUGUGAGCAUCCCAGCAUUGCAUGAAAUGAAACCACAGCGCGUGUGCCGCGCCUGUGCAACCGCGUUGUCUGGUGCCACAGAUGCCUCUGCCACUGCCGGUUCGGCGGCAACCGACCCCGUGUCCGGCGGUUCCUUUCCCUCGAUUGCGGAAGAGGAGGAGGAGGGAGGUGAUGGCAUUGUGUCUUCAGGCAGUAGUCGCCUCGACGACGAUAGCGGUGAUGUUGACGACAGUUCGUCUCAUAGUGGGGACGUUUCGUCUGCCGUCGCGGCUGUGUAUUCUUCCGUUGAGGAGGGACCACGCACCAGUAGCAUGACCUUCAUUGCGGCUUUGCAAGAGAAUCUCAGACACUCGGAUGAUCCGGGUGUCGUGACAAUCCUUAUGUAUGCUUCGGCGACGAGGCAGCAACUAAUUCUUGUUACUGUGAGUGAUGGAGAAACAAUGUCGAUGCUUGCAGAGCGACUAGCUGACACCUACCUCCGACUGGAGAACGGACCGUUCAAGGCCGCAAGUCUUACCGACCGGGAGAAUGCGCUGAAGAGGUUGCGCUUCUUUAGUGAAUCAGCUGCUGUGGAUAACGGCGCUCAGGCAGUGUCCGUGGCGCUGCAGCAUCGGCGCCUGGUUUUGACCGGUUGCUCGCUUUCCGAACUGCAGUGUCAGAGCGCGAAACCCCUCGUCCAUGAUUUUUUCUGCAGUAACAUCAGUGCAGGGGAGUGUGGGGAGUGGGAAUGA